AGAAUCAUCAUCAUCAUCCUUCAAGUUCUCAGUCAUGGAAGAAGCUAAAGUGGAAGCAAAAGACGGUACCAUCUCCGUGGCGUCUGCAUUCUCCGGUCACCAACAAGCUGUGCAUGACAGCGACCAUAAAUUCUUAACCCAAGCUGUUGAAGAAGCUUACAAGGGAGUUGAGUGUGGUGAUGGUGGCCCAUUUGGUGCGGUGAUUGUGCAUAAGGAUGAGGUUGUCGCUAGCUGCCACAAUAUGGUUUUGAAAUAUACAGACCCAACUGCACAUGCUGAAGUCACCGCCAUUAGAGAGGCAUGCAAGAAACUGAACAAAAUCGAGUUAUCAGAAUGCGAGAUUUAUGCAUCUUGUGAGCCGUGUCCCAUGUGCUUCGGAGCCAUCCAUCUCUCGAGACUCAAGAGGUUGGUUUAUGGAGCCAAAGCCGAAGCAGCUAUAGCCAUUGGGUUUGAUGACUUCAUCGCUGAUGCUUUGAGAGGCACAGGGGUUUACCAGAAAUCUAGUCUGGAGAUCAAGAAAGCAGACGGGAAUGGCGCCGCUAUUGCGGAGCAAGUUUUCCAGAACACAAAGGAGAAGUUCCGUUUAUACUAAAGCUCUUCUCCAUUACCACAUUCUUCUUCUUCUUCUCCUUCAUGAUGGUAAUUAGAAGUAGUAGAAGAAGAAAUGCACUUGCUUUAACUAAAAUAAAUCUCUGUUUCAAAU